UUCCAGGCAGAGGGAAGAGCAGGUGCUGUGACAAUGGCCCAACCCUCUGCGUGGCCCUGGCACAAUCCCUGCAGGGUGAUGUCCGCCCUCCUGGCUGCUCAGAGCUGGAUCUAAGCUGCUCCUUCCUGCUGCCUUUUCAGAUUCUCUGAUUCUGGGAACAAAGAAUUGGCAGGACAACUGAAAAUGACCAGGAGGAGGAUGUACUGGGUUCCCAGCUCUUCUGGUGGCCUCGUGAAUCUCGGCGUGGACGUAGGCGAUGGCGUGCCUUCAGGACUUAGCUGUAAACCUUACACUCUUGAAGACGGCCCCUGCAGCCAGCAGGAGAGGAAUCCUGAGGCACCGGGCAGGGCGGAGGUCCUCCCUUGGGGGAAGUACGACGCUGCCUGGAGAACCAUGAUUCCCUUCCGUCCCAAGCCAAAGUUUCCUGCCCCUCAGCCCCUGGAUGAUGCUGGCCUGUUCUCCUACCUCACAUUGUCAUGGCUCACCCCACUUAUGAUCCGAGGUUUACAGAAACGCUUAGACGAGAACACCAUCCCCCAGCUGUCAGUGCAUGAUGCCUCAGCCAAAAAUGCCGAAAGGCUUUGCCUCCUUUGGGAAGAAGAAUUCUCAAGGCAUGGGAUUGAGAAAGCUUCAGUGCUUCGAGUGAUGCUGAGAUUCCAGCGAACAAGGGUUAUUUUCAAUUUGAUCCUCGGCUGCUGCCUCUGUGUCGCAAGUGUGCUAGGCCCAAUGCUGCUUAUACCAAACAUCCUGGAAUAUUCCGAAGAGCAGUCAGGGAACAUUGGCUAUGGAGUGGGACUCUGCUUUGCCCUGUUUCUCACCGAGUGUCUGAAGUCUGUGAGUCUGAGCUCAUGUUGGGUCCUCAACCAGCGCACAGGCGUCAGGUUUCGUACAGCCGUUUUCUCCUUUGCCUUCGAGAAGCUAAUGCAAUUUAAGUCUCUAACACACAUCACCACGGGAGAGGCCAUCAACUUCUUCGCCAGCGACAUAAACUACCUGUUUGAAGGGACGUACUACGGCCCCCUGAUCUUGCUCGCCUGUUUAUUGCUGAUUGCCUGCAGUGUCACCUCCUACCUCAUUCUUGGACCCACUGCACUCAUUGCCACUGUUUGCUAUCUCCUGAUCUUACCGCUGGAGGUAUUCCUGAUCAGAAGGGUUGUGAAGAUACAGAAGGACACAUCUGAGGUCAGCGACCAGCGCAUCCGCGUGACCAGUGAAGUCCUCACCUGCAUUAAGAUGAUUAAAAUGUACACGUGGGAGAAACCAUUUGCCAAAAUCAUUAAAGACCUGAGAAGGAAGGAAAGGAAACUAUUGGAGAGGAGUGGGCUUGUCCGGAGCCUGACCACUGCCAGCUUCUUCACAGUCCCAGUGGUGGCCAUAGUGGUGAUGUUCCUCAUUCACACGUGCUUACGGCUGAAACUCACAGCUUCAGCAGCCUUCACCACGGUAGCUGUGUUGAAUCCCAUGCGGCUGCCAGUGUUGUUUGUGCCUUAUGGACUCAAAGGUCUCACAAAUUCCAAGACUGCAGCGGAGAGGUUCAAGAAGUUUUUCCUCCAAGAGAGCCCUGUUUUAUACGUCCAGGCAUUGAAAGAUCCCAGCAAAGCACUGGUUUUGGAGGAGGCCUCCCUGUCCUGGCUACAGACCUGCCCCAGGAUUGUCAAGGGAGCCUUGAAGCUGGAAAGGAACAGACAUACUCCCAAGGGGAUGACUAGGGCGCGGCCACCUCCAGGUGUCCUCAGGCCAGAGGAUGAAGGGGACAGCCUGGCCCUAGGGUUACACAAGAUAAACCUGGUGGUGUCAAAGGGGACCAUGGUAGGGGUCUGUGGCAACACUGGGAGUGGCAAGAGCAGCUUGUUGUCAGCCAUCCUGGAGGAGAUGCACUUGCUGGAGGGCUCAGUGGGGGUGCACGGAAGCCUGGCCUAUGUCCCCCAGCAGGCCUGGAUCAUCGCGGGCAGCGUCAGGGAGAACAUCCUCAUGGGAGGCCAGUAUGACGAGGCCCGGUACCUCCAGGUGCUCCCUUGCUGCUCCCUGACCCGGGACCUGGAGAUUCUGCCCUUCGGAGACAUGACGGAGGUCGGGGAGCGGGGCCUCAACCUCUCUGGGGGACAGAAGCAGAGGAUCAGCCUGGCCCGCGCUGUCUACUCUGACCGCGACAUCUACCUGCUGGACGACCCCCUGUCGGCCGUGGACGCCCACGUGGCGAAGCACAUCUUUGAGGAGUGCAUUCAGAAGAAGCUCAGGGGGAAGACCGUGGUCCUGGUGACCCACCAGCUGCAGUAUUUAGAGUUUUGUGACCAGAUCAUUUUGUUAGAAGAUGGGAAAAUCUGUGAAAAAGGAACUCACAGUGAGUUAAUACAGAAACAGGGGCGAUAUGCCCAACUCAUGCAGAAGAUGCUCGGGAAAGUCACACAGGAGGGGCUGCAGGACACAGCAAAGAGGGCGGAAGAGCCUCGGGUGGAAGGUCAGGCCCAGACCACCUGCCGGGAAGAACCUCUCCCUGACAAUGCUGUGCUGGAAAAUCAGCUCACCCAGACGGAGAAGAUGGAAGAAGGCUCCCUGAGAUGGAGGGUCUACCACCACUACAUCCGGGCAGCCGGAGGCUACGUGGUCUCUGUCAUGGUUCUCCUUCUCAUGGUGGUGUUCAUCUUCCUCAUGACCUUCAACUUCUGGUGGCUGAGCUAUUGGCUGGAGCAGGGCUCAGGGACCAACAGCAGCCGAGAGAGCAACAGGACCACUGCAGACACAGGUGACAUCCUGGACAACCCUCAGCUGCCCUUUUACCAACUGGUGUAUGGCCUCAGCACCCUGUUCGUAAUCUGCACUGCAAUCUGUUCCUCGGGGGCUUUCACCAAGGUCACGAGGAAGGCAUCCACAGCAUUGCACAACAAGCUCUUCAACAAGGUUUCCUGCUGUCCCAUGAGUUUCUUUGACACGACCCCAAGAGGGCGACUCCUGAACUGCUUUGCAGGGGACUUGGAUGUGCUGGACCAAUUCUUGCCCAUUGUUGCUGAACAGUUCCUGCUGGUGUUUUUGGUGAUGAUCUCCAUCCUGGUGGUUGUCAGUGUGCUGUCUCCAUACAUCCUGCUGACAGGAGUCGGAUUAGCCAUUGUUUGCUUCAUUUAUUACCUGAUGUUCAAGAGGGCCAUCAAUGUGUUCAAGAGACUGGAGAACUAUAGCCGCUCCCCUUUAUUCUCCCACAUCCUCACCUCUUUGCAUGGCCUGAGCUCCAUCCAUGUCUAUGGGAAAACUGAAGACUUCAUCAAGGAGUUUAAAAGGCUGACUGAUGUGCAGAAUAACUACCUGCUGAUGUUUCUGUCUUCCACGCGAUGGGUGGCCUUGAGGCUGGAGCUCAUGACCAACCUGAUGACCCUGGCCGUGGCCUUGUUCGUGGCCUUUGGCAUUUCCUCUGCCCCCUACUCCUAUAAAGCCAUGGCUAUCAGCCUCGUCCUGCAGCUGGGGGGCAACUUCCAGGCCACUAUCCGGACUGGUUCUGAGACACAGGCAUACUUCACGGCUGUGGAGAGGAUGCUGCAGUACCUCAAGAUGUGUGUCCCUGAGGCUCCUUUACACAGAGAAGGCAGGAGCUGUCCCCACGGGUGGCCACAGCGCGGGGAAAUCACAUUCCAGGAUUAUCAGAUGAAAUACAGACACAACACACCCAUUGUCCUCAAUGGCAUCAACCUGACGAUUCACGGGCAAGAAGUGGUGGGCAUCGUGGGAAGGACGGGCUCUGGGAAGUCCUCCUUGGGGGUGGCUCUCUUCCACCUGGUGGAGCCCGCGGCAGGCCGGAUUCUCAUUGAUGGUGUGGACAUCUGCAGCGUCAGCCUGGAGGACCUGCGGUCCAAGCUCUCGGUUAUCCCUCAAGAUCCCGUCCUGCUCUCAGGAACCAUCAGAUUCAACCUGGAUCCCUUUGAUCACUACUCAGACGAGCAGAUCUGGGAUGUCUUGGAGAGGACAUUCCUGAGCAAGACAAUCUCCAUGUUCCCCCAAAGGCUGCAAGCAGAAGUGGUGGAAAAUGGCGAGAACUUCUCUGUGGGGGAGAGGCAGCUGCUCUGCAUCGCUCGAGCCCUCCUCCGCAACUCCAAGAUCGUCCUAAUUGAUGAAGCCACGGCCUCCAUUGACGUGGAGAUGGACACCCUGAUCCAGCGCACAAUCCGUGAAGCCUUCCAGGGCUGCACAGUGCUGGUCAUUGCACACCGCAUCACCACUGUCCUCAACUGUGACCGCAUCCUGGUCAUGAGCAGUGGGAAGGUUGUAGAGUUUGACAGGCCUGAGGUCCUGCAGAAGCAGCCCGGGUCCAUGUUUGCAGCCCUGCUGGCAACAGCCAGUUCUUCGCUGGGCUAAGGAGAAAUGGAGACUGCAGGGAGGCUGCUGGCUGAGCUCCCUGAAGUUCCCAAGGGUGCAGCUGUGAGGCCUGCAAUCUGUGACCUUCUGUGCAGAGUUGGCUCCUGAAAGCAGGGCUGAAAUGGGCUGAGGAGUGCUGGUGAUGGGAUGGAAAAGGAGAUUAAGGGAGCAAAACCUGGAAUAGGCCACUCUGUGGCUCCCCAACCUGAGAACCCCAGCACGUUUGAGACCAUGUGGUCAAAUCAUCAUGUGUCUCUUUUCAACUGAUAUGGGGAUUAAUUUCAUAAUAAUGUAAAAGCUUGUUGUAGUUUUCUGAUCUGUUAAAAGUGUUCAAAUGAUGUUUGAUUUAGUACAAAAUAAAAAUAAGGAAAAGUCACA